AACAAAACAAUUGUUACUAAUUAUUUUUUUAAAUAUGGAAACACCAAUAAUCUCACAUAUAUCUUCAGAAGAUUUUCUAGACAUUUAUGAACCCGCUGAAGACAGUUUUAUAUUAUUAGAUGCUCUUGAAAAGGAUUUAGAAUUUUUACAUUUGUUAAAUCCUUCAUUAUGUUGUGAGAUUGGAAGUGGUAGUGGAAUAAACAUAACUAGUCUUGCUAACACUAUAAAAGCAUCUUCAUUUUUCUGCACUGACAUCAACCCUAAGGCCUGCAAUAUUUCAAAGAAAACUGCAGAGAUCAAUGGAACAAAUAUUGAAUGUUUUAAUAUGGAUUUAUUGAGCAGUUUUAGAAAAAAUAUCUUCGAUGUUAUUAUAUUUAAUCCACCAUAUGUUGUCACAGAAGAUGAUGAGAUCUCAGAAAGCAAUAUCUCUAGAUCAUGGGCAGGUGGCGAAAAAGGCAGGAUUAUAAUUGAUAAAAUGCUACACGACUUACCUUCUAUGUUAACCAGCAAAGGAGUUUGCUAUUUGGUUGUCAUAGCUGAAAAUAAACCUUCAGAAAUUAUUAAAAAUAUGUCACUUGUGGGUUAUGAUACUCAAAUUGUUCUCGAGAGACGUAUAAGAGGAGAAUUUUUAUCAGUUUUAAAGUUCUAUAAAGUUAUUUGAUAUG